AUGCCGGCUCGCUUCAUUUGCCAAUGGGUUGCGCUGCUCUCGCCGCUCUCCAUGCUCUCGCUCCGAGUCCCCGUGGGGGAGGAGAGAACAGAAGCGACCCAGGACCGGGUGGUUUCGGAGGCGACCCAGAGGCUUCGGGAAGUGUUUGGGAUGGGAGAGUUCCCACGGAAAACUGCUCCGCGCCGGGGACCACCUCAGUACAUGCUGGAUCUCUUUAACGCUGUGGCAGAUGCCAAUGGCACCACCAACACCCCCCGCUUGUUGGAAGGGAAUGUUGUCCGAAGUUUUGAGAAUAAAGUUCAUGGUGAGCAGACCUACUUCUAUUUCGAUGUCACUUCAGUUGGAAGGGACGAGCAGCUCCUGAAGGCUGAGCUGAGACUCUUUAAGCUGAAGGAACGCUCUCAGCGCGCUCAUCACUUGUGCAGGGUUGACCUGUGCGAGUUACUGGACGGCAGCGGAAUUCGAGCCAGCCUGAUUUCAUCCAAAACCGUCCCCCUGUACACCGAAGGAUGGGAAGUAUUCCCUGUCACUCGGACAGUAUGGAAGUGGGUCAGGAACAGCAGCUCAAACCAUGGACUCAUGAUCAUCACCAGCAUUCCGGCCGGAAACUCCCUGCAUUUGAGCCCGGUCAGGUUCGCGAAGAGUAGCGGCCGGCAGAACAAUUCGCACCCCUUCCUGGUGCUCUUCACCGACGACAGAAGGCGAGGGACCCCCGAGAACUCCAGGACAACUCUCUUGACAGGAUACAACACAAUGAUAAAGAAGAAGGAGCCGGUUGUUCCAACAUUGCCAGAUGAAAAUGUCAUCCUUUCUUCAGCCCAGGCAUCACGAAGUAGAAAAAUCCGAGCUGUUCCUGUCCUGGGCACGGGCCGCCUCCUGCCCUGCCAGAAGCACCCUCUCUACGUGGACUUCGAGCAGAUCGGCUGGUCCACAUGGAUCAUUUCACCGAGGGGCUACAGCGCCUAUUACUGCAAAGGCUCCUGCCCAUUCCCUUUGGGGCAAGGCUUUAAAGCCACCAAUCACGCCACGGUACAAUCCAUAGUCCAUGCGCUGAAGCUUUCCAAAGAGGUGGGGACCCCGUGCUGUGUCCCAGACACAUUACAUUCCAUAAACCUUCUCUAUUUUGACAAUGAGGAAAAUGUCGUGCUGAAGCAGUACGAUGACAUGGUCGCAGUCAGUUGUGGAUGUCACUGA